AUGCAGAUUCCAUUACUUCGGCUACAAUGCGCUCGAAUCGAUACCACUGAAUGCCCCGCACUAAACUCCGUCAUAGGCAAGGUCGGCGAGACCUCAGCUGCAGCUCGAUAUGCGGCCACAACAGCGGCCCAGGAUUUCUCAAUCGAGGCUGAGAAGCCCUAUGCAGAGUUGUGGAUGGGCACCCACCCCUCCCUGCCCUCCAAGGAUGUCGAAACCCAGCGCACUCUUCUCGAUCUUGUCCAAGAUAACCAGGCUCUGCUGUCCGCAGAGGUCAGCGAGCGUUAUGCUGGUCGACUUCCUUUCCUCUUCAAGGUGCUUUCCAUUGGCAAAGCCCUCAGCAUCCAGGCCCACCCCAACAAGAAGCUGGCAGAGCAACUCCAUGCCCGGGACCCUAAGAACUACCCCGAUGACAAUCACAAGCCCGAGAUGACCAUUGCCAUCACACCGUUCGAGGGACUGUGCGGCUUCCGCCCCCUCGCCGAGAUCAUCCACUUCCUGCAAGCAAUCGAGCCACUUCGCACCUUGAUUGGCGAGCAGGCCACCAGCGAAUUCCAGAAAAUCGUGAAAGACAAUGAAGAGUCAGAAGACGAGGCUGUGGUACAGCGAAACAAGGACGCCCUGCGAUCCCUGUUCACCUCGCUGAUGGAGUCAUCUUCGGAGAAGAUCGAGGCUGCUUCAAAGGCACUGGUUGCAUUGGCAGAGAGCUCGCCGGCGAGCUUCGGCAGCUUGUCUGAGGAAGUUGAGACAAAUCCGAGUGACCCCGCCGAGCUGGCUGCCAUCAUUCAGCGCCUCAACGGACAAUUCCCCAACGAUAUUGGCCUGUUCGUGUUCUUCUUCCUUAACUUCAUCAAGCUCGAGCCCGGCGAGGCGAUGUUCUUGAAGGCCGAUGACAUCCACGCCUAUGUCUCCGGUGAUAUCAUCGAGUGCAUGGCUUCCUCUGACAACGUCGUGCGCGCCGGAUUUACUCCCAAAUUCAAGGAUGUAGACACCCUGACCCAGAUGUUGACCUACUCAUACGCCCCCAUCGAGGAGCAGAAGCUCCGUCCCGUGGACUACCCGUACACUGUAUUCAAUGCGACGGCGUACUCGAGUGCCUCAUCCUCGCUCCUGUAUGAUCCCCCGAUCGAGGAGUUCAGUGUGGUCAAGACCGAUCUGAACCGCAAGGGUGCCAAGGCGACGUUUGAUCCUAUUGUUGGUCCUAGCAUUUUGAUCUGUACUCGUGGUCAGGGCACCAUCACCAUCGGACACAAGACCGAGGAAGUGAAGGAGGGUAAUGUCUUUUUCGUUGGCGCUGACGCAGAGUGCAUCAUUCAGAAUUCCGGCAGCGGUGAAGGCGAAGAGGAUGUUUUCACAACAUACAAGGCAUUCUGUGAGCUGGACGGUGAGAACCCGGCCAACCAAUGA